GCCACCGUCACCAGCAGACCCUGUGCACCUUCCCCGCUUUGUCGACCCCGCGCCACCAUGCCCAGGACCACUGAGCUCUGGGCCCUGGUUUCCCCGCUGCUGCCGCCCCUGGUGCUGCUGCUGUGCGCUCUGCCCCGCGGCGCCGGGUUGCUCGAGGAGCGCGCAGAUACUGCCCUGGACUACUCGACUCUGGGAGGCGAGGAGGGCGCUGACCCGCAGCCGGAGCGGUACCACGACCCGUGCAAAGCCGCUGUGUUCUGGGGGGACAUUGCUCUGGAUGAAGAUGAUCUGAAGCUGUUUCACAUUGACAAGGCGCAAGACUGGACCAAGCCAGCAGGAGAGGACAUGGGGCAUAGCACUGGUGGACUCAGGGAGCAGCCAUCCGAGAACUGGCCGAACACCACUGCCUUGAAUACCAGCAGCCACCAAGCUAGAAAGGAUGGCAAAGAGGAUGCCGUACUUCCUCCCAGCCCUGAGACCUUGAAUGCCACGGCCAAGACCUUCUCUGCCCGGGUCCGAAGAGCCACAACUUCAAGGACAGAGAGGAUCUGGCCUGGUGGGGUCAUCCCCUACGUCAUUGGAGGGAACUUCACUGGCAGCCAGAGGGCCAUUUUUAAGCAGGCCAUGAGACACUGGGAGAAGCAUACCUGUGUGACCUUCACAGAGAGGACUGACGAGGAAAGCUUUAUUGUGUUCAGUUACAGGACCUGUGGCUGUUGCUCUUAUGUUGGACGCCGAGGAGGGGGUCCACAGGCCAUAUCCAUUGGGAAAAACUGUGAUAAGUUUGGCAUUGUGGCUCACGAGCUGGGCCAUGUGGUUGGGUUCUGGCAUGAACACACACGGCCCGAUAGAGACCAACAUGUCACCAUCAUCAGAGAAAACAUCCAGCCAGGUCAGGAGUAUAAUUUCUUAAAAAUGGAAGCUGGGGAAGUGAGCUCUCUGGGAGAGACGUACGACUUUGACAGCAUCAUGCACUACGCCCGGAACACCUUCUCCAGAGGAGUUUUCUUAGACACCAUCCUCCCCCGUCGAGACGACAAUGGCAUCCGGCCAACCAUUGGCCAGCGUGUGCGGCUCAGCCAGGGAGACAUAGCUCAAGCUAGGAAACUGUACAAAUGCCCAGCAUGUGGGGAGACCCUGCAGGACACAACAGGAAACUUUUCUGCACCCGGUUUCCCAAAUGGCUACCCAUCUUACGCCCACUGCAUCUGGAGGAUCUCCGUCACUCCAGGGGAGAAGAUCUUCCUAAACUUCACAUCCAUGGAUUUAUUUAAGAGCCGUCUGUGCUGGUACGAUUAUGUGGAGGUCCGGGAUGGAUACUGGAGGAAAGCCCCUCUAUUGGGUAGAUUUUGUGGUGACAAAGUCCCCGAGCCCCUCAUCUCCUCAGACAGCCGGCUCUGGGUGGAGUUCCGCAGCAGUAGCAACAUCCUGGGCAAAGGCUUCUUCGCGGUGUAUGAAGCUACAUGUGGGGGAGACAUUAACAAAGAUGCUGGCCAGAUCCAAUCUCCCAACUACCCUGAUGACUACAGGCCUUCCAAGGAAUGUGUGUGGAGGAUCACCGUGUCGGACGGGUUUCAUGUGGGACUCAUUUUCCAAGCAUUUGAGAUUGAAAGGCACGACAGCUGCUCGUAUGACUACCUGGAAAUUCGUGACGGCCCCACGGAAGAGAGCGCCCUGAUCGGCCACUUCUGUGGUUACGAGAAGCCGGAGGAUGUGAAAUCCAGCUCGAACAGACUGUGGAUGAAGUUUGUGUCCGACGGCUCCAUCAACAAAUCAGGCUUUGCGGCCAAUUUUUUCAAGGAGGUGGAUGAGUGCUUCUGGCCAGACCAUGGGGGAUGUGAGCAGCGCUGUGUGAACACACUCGGCAGCUACAAGUGUGCCUGUGACCCCGGCUAUGAGCUGGCUGCGGACAAGAAGACCUGUGAAGUGGCCUGUGGCGGUUUCAUUACCAAGCUGAAUGGAACCAUCACCAGCCCUGGGUGGCCGAAGGAGUAUCCCACGAACAAGAACUGUGUCUGGCAGGUGGCAGCCCCCACCCAGUACCGCAUCUCCCUGCAGUUUGAAGUGUUUGAACUGGAAGGCAAUGAUGUGUGUAAGUAUGACUUUGUGGAGGUGCGCAGUGGCCUGUCCCCCGAUGCCAGGUUGCAUGGCAAAUUCUGUGGUUCUGAGACGCCUGAGGUCAUCACCUCACAGAGCAAUAACAUGCGUGUGGAGUUCAAAUCUGACAACACUGUCUCCAAACGUGGCUUCCGGGCCCACUUCUUCUCAGACAAGGACGAAUGCGCCAAGGACAAUGGCGGCUGCCAGCACGAGUGUGUCAACACGUUCGGAAGCUACCUGUGCCAGUGCCUGAAUGGCUACCGGCUCCAUGACAAUGCGCAUGACUGCAAGGAGGCUGGCUGUGUGCACAAGAUCAACAGUGCAGAGGGAACCCUGGUGAGCCCCAACUGGCCUGACAAGUACCCAAGCCGGAGGGAGUGUACCUGGAACAUCUCUUCGACAGCAGGCCACAGGGUGAAACUCAUGUUCAACGAGUUUGAGAUUGAGCAGCACCAGGAAUGUGCCUAUGACCACCUGGAAAUGUACGAUGGACCUGACAGCCUGGCACCCAUCCUCGGCCGGUUCUGUGGCAGCAAGAAACCAGAUCCAGUGGUGGCUUCCGGCAGCAGCCUGUUCCUAAGGUUCUACUCCGAUGCCUCGGUGCAGAGGAAGGGCUUCCAGGCAGCACACAGCACAGAGUGUGGGGGCAGGCUGAAGGCCGAAGUACAGACCAAGGAGCUCUAUUCCCAUGCCCAGUUUGGGGACAACAACUACCCAAGCCAGGCCCACUGUGAGUGGGUUAUAGUGGCGGAGGACGGCUAUGGUGUGGAGUUGAUAUUCCAGACCUUUGAAGUCGAGGAAGAAGCCGACUGUGGCUAUGACUACAUGGAGGCCUACGAUGGCUACGACAGUUCAGCACCCAGGCUUGGCCGCUUCUGUGGCUCUGGGCCAUUAGAAGAAAUCUACUCUGCAGGGGAUUCGCUGAUGAUACAGUUCCACACGGAUGACACCAUCAACAAGAAAGGCUUUCAUGCUCGGUAUACCAGUACCAAGUUCCAGGAUGCUCUGCACAUGAGGAAAUAAUGCCAAAGUCCUUGAGAGACAGAAACUGAGAAUGUCUUUACAAUAGCACCUUGUGAAUCAGCCCUAAGUACAGUAUUUUUCUCAAACAAAAGCUCAAAAUCCAGUCUUGAAGGUACAUAUUUGGAUGAGUGUACAUCUAUGGCCAAUAAGAAGAGUAAAUAUUCUUUUGGUUCCAGCUCCAUUAUUAUCGAUAUGGGCUUCUAAAGAAGAUUAAGAUUUAAAGUCACUGACUAGUUAAGCUGUUCUUGUUUUUACCCAUUCUCUGUCCCUUGCUCCUGUGGGGCAAAAGGCCAUCCCUGGGGUUGGUCAUUCCUUUAUUCUGAACGUGCUUCCAUAGGUGCCAGGCAACGUGACUAAAUCCUGGAGACUUAGGCUGCCUUCUUCUACACUGGGCAAUGAGGAUAAAAGCCUGGUGGUGGCCGAUUUGUUACAGCUUUGUCAGGAAAUGUUUGCUUUCUCUCUGCCAGGACGUAUUAAUCCAGAAACCUGAGAAGGGGGAUGUCAGGACUAAAAGGCAUCACAGUAAACAGCACACAGAGGCAUCUUUGAGCCUAAGAAUCACCGUUGUGAAGUUAGAAGACCUCAAGCCUUUCCUCUGUAGCACUGGCUCUCCUUGUCCCUUUAGUGGUUCCCAUCUCUCAAUUGCAUUAAGGAGCUAAGGCAUCCGCAUAAAUUCUAGAGGGAUAUUUGCUGCUGAGAAACCUCAGUUUGCUAAGAGGAAAACAUCCUGGUUCAUCCUAAUACUCCUUUGCUUGCCAACUGAGAAGAUGCCAUUGGGCUUGGGAUUCCCAGGCCCUGAAGAACUUCCAGCUGUGAAUGCAUCUGCUGUGGUGCCUUGACUCCCUGAGAGCCCAUUCAAACUGCACCUGUGAGCUGUGCAAAGACCUCUCACAAGGGUCCAGCCAGUCAGCUCCCUUGUGGGGGUGAACACUGUUGAAAACUUUACUUCUAAGUUAUGUAAGAAUCAUCACCUUGUGGAACAAGUCAAUCUAUGACUAAUUCCCUGUAAUCAAACAGGUUAAAGAGUACAUUGGUAACUUUGUUUAGAUUAACUAAUACUCGGUCACCAACUUGCAAUCAGAAUUCACAGCCCUUGGCACUUGUUCUAGAGAAGUGUAGAGGAUGAUGUUUACAUAAUUUUAGUACCUCAAGGUAUAAUUUAAACAGUGAGGUAGUUUUGAAUGGCAUUUCAUUAAGGCAUCUAUGGGCAUUAUGAGCUAAAAGCUGUGGUAUGUUUAGCUUUAAAGAGUAUUUAUGUCGGAAUAAUUUUAAAAUAAUGUUUACAUAACCAUAAGUCCUGUUUUGUUGGUAUCGAACACAGGGCAGCACGUGAGAGUGUUUCCAAUUAAAGCCAAGAUGGAUCUCAAGCACCAAAAUUUCUUUGGGACAGACCAUAAUUUUCAACAAAAUAUUUGUAAAUGGCUAAAGGUUAUAUUUUUUAAAUAUCAGAAUACAACACCAGAAGACUUUGUCCAAUUAAAACGAUUGCUAGGACUAAAAACUAAAAUAAUACAAAGAAGAGUAAAAGGAAUGCAUAGGAAUAUUUUUCCUUAAAAAGAGCAAAGUAUUAUUAAUAAUAUAUGUCUGUAUAUAUGUAUGUAUGUAAAAGAUCAGCUGUCAAAGCCUUAAUCAAUACCAUGUGAAAAACGCUAACCACUGGCUGUAGCUUUAUUGUGUAGGCCUCUGGUCCUGACCCUUACUCUUCAUGCUUCUGCUUUCACCAAGCUCCCCUCUGGCCUUUCUUAGCCCUAGGCUGAGGUUCAGAUUUCAUUCUCAUAUCUUAAUAGAUGGCAGAGCCUGCCCAGGGUGAACUUUGUCAUGAUAAAUGGAACAGGUUACCUUGUGGCUCGGAUCCCACUCGCCUGUUAUGGUGUAUUCCGCUUCUCUGAACUCUGUGUUUUUGGAGGUUUUAUUUUGUCCCACAGUGUCAAAACUGACACAGAAAUUUGGAUGUGUAAUGUGGCUGUUAAGGGUUUCUCUCCAAGGAGAUGAAAAUGCUGUAUAUUUAACCUUUAGAAGUCUAAGUAAGAUUAGCAAAUUCCAUGGAGAAAUGGGAAGGAGGGAAAAACAGUGUUGGUUUCAGCAUUUGUCACCCUCGUGGUGCACUAAUGUUUCUUUCUUCUCUUUAUUAUGAUCACUUUCAAAAGCACGCAGCUUCAACAGUUGUCUCCACAUGGCCAAUUUGCAACAAUGGGACCCAUAUGAAAACAUUUAUUCAGUUCCGUGAGUGGUGUAUUCCUAAAAGACAAACUCUGAUUCAUCUGGGGCUGGCUAGGCCUCUUCUCUGGAAGCCAGAAUAUAUAUGGGUCUGUGCAUGCCUCAGGUCCUACAGAGAGCCGCCGGCUGGCUUUGUAAGAGAAAAUCCACUGAGCAGAAAGACCGAGCCCGGCCUUGGCUCUUCCAGUGGCUUGGUGCCUUGCCUGCAGACAUCCCUGGAUGAGGAUGAAGGAGCCAGAGGACAGUCCUCCGGCUUGCUUUGUCCUUUAACUGAGUGUCGGGGCUUGGGAUCUCCAAGACUAGAAAAUUAUCUUGGAAUAAAUGACCGGAUGAAGUCUUUUGGGUCUGGGUGUCCAGAACAGUCUCAUUCUGGUGUAUUCUGAAAUAGUAGAAGCUGCAUCCUAGGACAGGGCUAUGGUCUGGAAUUACCGUUAGUCAGUAGAAUUUCUCCAAACAGAGGAGGUGAGCCUAUACAUUAAUGCAUUAUUUUCCUCUAGCGUUGCCCUCUAUUUCUCUUUCAUUAUUUCCCUCUAAAGUACCAGGCAUUUAGAAAUUGCAAAGCCCAUUUAAAUAAUUUGUCAAAUAUAGUUAACUAGCAUAUUCACAUGGGAAGUUACCAUCUAUCUGGUGCAUUUGUUAACUCUCAGAUAAUCCUUGGUAUUGUUAGCAUUCAGUUUGGGAACAAGUAUUUCUUUGGCUUCUUCAGGUGUUUUUAAAGUUUCUUGUGUAGACUGAAAUUCAACAAUGAUCCCAAAUGCCUGAAAGCUUUCUUUAAAAAAAUUUUUAAAGUAUUAUCUAUAAAUAUGUGGGUAUUUUUUAUUUUGUAUAGUUUUACAUUGCAUGGAAUACUGGUUUCAAAGAGAACAUGGAGAGGAGCUAACACCUGUC